AGAAGCCAUCACACCCCACCCCCACCCCCACCCCCCAUCCCCCCGAUCCCCAAUUCGCCUCGCCAUGGACCAGCACCACCACCAGCAGGGGCAGCCGGCGGACGGCAACUCGAAGCCGCCGACGCCGUCCUCCACGCCCACCUCGCGCCACGCCACCGGAGCGGCGGCGGCUCCCUGGCCGCCCUCCUCCGCCUCCUCGGCCCCGCCGCGCGGGCCGGCGUCCUCCUCGGCCCCCGCCACGCCGGCCUCCCGCACCGUCUACAGCGACCGCUUCAUCCCCAGCCGCACUGGAUCCAACCUCGCGCUCUUCGACCUCGCCCCCGCACCCGCCCCCUCCGCCACCGCCUCCUCCUCCUCCGCCGGAUCUGCCGCCCCCUCGCCCUACUGCGCGCUCCUCCGCGCCGCGCUCUUCGGGCCCGACACGCCCGACCGCCUCGCCUCCUCCGCCGCGGCCUCCUCCUCCUCCUCCCCCGUCGGCUCCCCCGCCGGCGGCAACAUAUUCCGCUUCAAGGCCGAGGUGCCGCGCAACGCCAAGCGCGCGCUCUUCGCCGCCGGGGACGACCAGGACCUGCUCUUCCCCGGCCUCUUCUCCCCCAAGGGCUCCGGCCCCAGGAAGAUCCCCAGGUCGCCCUACAAGGUGCUGGACGCGCCCGCAUUGCAGGACGACUUCUACCUCAACCUCGUGGAUUGGUCCUCGCACAAUGUCCUCUCCGUCGGAUUGGGGAAUUGCGUCUACCUGUGGAAUGCAUGCAGCAGCAAGGUCACCAAGCUCUGCGAUUUGGGGGCGGACGACACCGUUUGUUCCGUCAGUUGGGCGCAGCGUGGCACACACCUGGCUGUAGGGACUAACCAAGGCACCGUUCAGAUAUGGGAUGCAACACGGUGUAAAAGAAUGAGAACCAUGGAAAGCCAUCGCAUGCGAGUAGGUGCUCUUGCGUGGAACUCUUCAUUGCUUUCUUCUGGUAGUCGCGACAAGAACAUCCUUCACCAUGAUCUCCGUGCUCCGGAGGACUAUGUUAGCAAGCUCACUGGGCAUAAAUCUGAGGUCUGUGGGCUCAAGUGGUCUUAUGAUAACCGUCAGCUUGCGUCUGGUGGAAAUGACAACAAACUUUUUGUUUGGAAUCAACAUUCGGUACAGCCAGUGCUGAAGUAUACUGAGCACACAGCAGCUGUGAAAGCUAUUGCCUGGUCACCUCAUCUACAUGGCCUUCUUGCAUCUGGCGGAGGAACUGCAGAUAGAUGCAUACGCUUUUGGAAUACAACCACAAAUACACACUUGAGUUCCAUGGAUACAGGGAGUCAGGUGUGUAAUCUUGUUUGGUCAAAGAAUGUGAAUGAGCUUGUUAGCACCCAUGGAUACUCCCAGAAUCAGAUAAUAGUUUGGCGGUAUCCAACGAUGUCAAAGCUUGCCACUUUAACAGGACAUACAUUCAGAGUAUUAUAUUUAGCCAUCUCCCCUGAUGGACAGACAAUUGUUACUGGUGCUGGUGACGAGACCCUCCGGUUUUGGAACGUGUUUCCGUCUCCCAAGUCCCAGAGUUCUGACAGCUUAAGUAGCAUUGGAGCGACAUCAUUUGUUAGGAGCUACAUCCGGUGACUCGACGAAAUGUAGUUUCGUCGAGCUUGUAAGGUUAUUGCGGCGAGUGCUGAUGAUCAUCAGCACCACUCCAUUCCACUUGUACCACACGACCUCGUCCGGUCCAUCUGCUGCUGAAGCCAGCACCAUUUUAGAGAUUGCAAGGUAGAGGAUGAUUGACUGGCUUGCGCGGACCCGGUCCCCUAUGUCGGGGCUGAAAGCGGUACAUAUUUGUUGCUGUAGGUGCGAAGGUGGCAAAUGUUCAUGUCACAGAAACAUGGAACUGCCGCGUCCAGCAGAAGAUUAUUUACUCCCCUCCUGUUUAUGUUCCCAUUGGAACUGAUGACCUGGGAACCAAACUGUUCCUUGAAAUCGACUUACUCAUGAAGCCCUUUUAUUUCAUUCCUUAUGUUCUUUAGUUGGGAGUUGUUCCUGUUUUAGCAACUGAGCGUGUCGUUUCCUGUCUUGACUGAAAAUGUACAAGCUGUAGCUCAAUUCGGACGUCAUAAAAUUGAGAAGUGAACCUCAGCGGCCUGUGUCAAGGCCUCUGGAGGAAUUCAGAA